GGAGAGAUCGGUUACAAUUUAUAGCUUAUCUCUGGGAAUUUCGCAUUGCAUUAUACAUUGCAUUAUACUCGAAUAUAUUCUGGACUGAAAGCUAAUAUAAAAGGCCAGUAUCUCUUUACUAUUCGCCACAAGCAGUUAACAUUGAAAUGGAUUCGCGGACCUUUGUAUUCCUCUUGCUGAUUGGCUGCCUUAUCGUUGGAUGUUGCAUGGCAAUGCCUCAAGGAUGUCAAGGUGGAUUUUUUUCCAAAAACGGGGACCUGCAUAUCAACCCGUCAGAGAUUAAUGGAUACCUGAGAUGUAUAGACCAAGGACAUCGACAUGGAUAGUUUUAUUAUAUAUUAUAUAUUAGUAUAUACAUGUUUAGAGUGCAAAAUGUUGAAAUGUCUAUAAGUUUUAUAAAAUAUGCACAACUGAUUCUAAUUGAAAUUUGGAUUAUUAUUUGUCAAUUAACAACUGCUAAUGCAGGCGCAUGUUACAUUAGAAAAUAAAAAUCGGAAAACACUUCUUAAAA